CCCAGAACAUCUCACACACAGGUAACAAAAACUGCAGGAUUAACAGAUAUAUAAGCACAUAAACAUCACUGAUGAGGAGCAAUUGGAUCUAUGUGGCUAUCCUGGGGAUAGCAUGGAUGAUGCUUGGCGUCAAUGGGAACAAUACAACGAGCAGUAGCAACUCCACAGGCAGCUGGAUAUUUCCUAACAUGACCACCAAUGUGACCCAGACACUCCCACCCAGCAUGACCACCAACCUGAACCAGACGCAUCCAUCCAGCAUGACCACGAACCUGACCCAGAUGCUACCACCCAAUAUGACUACCAACCUGACCCAAACACGCCCUCCCAACGUGACCACCAACCUUAAUCAGACAGUCUCUCUUAAUGUGACUACAAACCCAAACCUGAUGAGCCCUUUUAACAUGACCACAAACCCAAACCAGAUGGGCCUUAUCAACAUGACCACCAACCUGAACCAGACGCAUCUAUCCAGCAUGACCUCGAACCUGACCCAGACGCUACCACCCAGCAUGACCACCAACCUGAACCAGACACAUCCACCCAGCAUGACCUCGAAUCUGACCCAGACGCAUCCACCCAGCAUGACCACCAACUUGACCCAGACGCAUCCACCCAGCAUGACCACUAACCAGGAAAUCACUGGCAGAGAUAACUGCAGGAGCGAUAGAGCAUGUUUCUCUGCUCCACCUUCCUGUAAUCCAGGUGCACAAGGUUCCUGCUAUUUCCUCUCCACAAGAGGAGUAAGCGGAAAUGCAAAUAAUUUUACUUUUGAGCUCAGUGGCGAGACAGAUGGUUACAUUGGAGCAGGCCUCGCUCAAGACAAAAGUGGUCAAGGAGCCACUGUCUAUUCUUGUGCCAACAUCAAUGGUGCACUGACGUUGAUUCGUUCCAUAUUGAACAAUCAAAUACUGACUAAAGAUAACACAUUCAUCCCUAGAAGCGUCCCUGGCUCAAUGACUGGAAAAAAGAUUCAAUGUAUUUUCAAUGCUGCAGGUCUCAGCAGCACCGCCCGUGCUGCAACCACAGGAACUUUUGUCUUCCUCUUAACAGGCAGCAUAUCAAAUGGUUCUCUUGAAUCUCCAGUCAGCAGAAUGGUUACAAAUGGGUCAGUGGACUUAAGCAACCCUAACAGCACAGACGUUUCAGUAAUAAUACCCAGUACAAAUGCCACUGCAUCUAAUACCAUAGCAACAUCAACCACUGCACCAUCUACGAACCUCACCCAGACAGUCCCUCCCAACAUGCCCGCCAACGUGACCCAAAUUGGCCCCUUCAACACCACUGCGAACUUGACCCAGACGCUUCCUCCCAACAUGCCCGCCAACGUGACCCAAAUGGGCCCCUUCAACACCACUGCGAACUUGACCCAGACGCUUCCUCCCAACAUGCCCAACGUGACCCAAAUGGGCCCCUUCAACACCACUGCAAACUUGACCCAGACGCUUACUCCCAACAUGCCCGCCAACGUGACCCAAAUGGGCCCCUUCAACACCACUGCAAACUUGACCCAGACACUUCCUCCCAACAUGACUGCCAACGUGACCCAAAUGGGCCCCUUCAACACCACUGCGAACUUGACCCAGACGCGUCCUCCCAACAUGACCGCCAACGUGACCCAAAUGGGCCCCUUCAACACCACUGCAAACUUGACCCAGACACUUCCUCCCAACAUGACCACCAACGUGACCCAAAUGGGCCCCUUCAACACCACGGCGAACUUGACCCAGACGCGUCCUCCCAACAUGACCGCCAACGUGACCCAAAUGGGCCCCUUCAACACGACUGCAAACUUGACCCAGACGCUUCCUCCCUACAUGACCACCAACGUGACCCAAAUGGGCCCCUUCAACACCACUGCGAACUUGACCCAGACGCGUCCUCCCAACAUGACCGCCAACGUGACCCAAAUGGGCCCCUUCAACACCACGGCGAACUUGACCCAGACGCUUACUCCCAACAUGCCCGCCAACGUGACCCAAAUGGGCCCCUUCAACACCACUGCAAACUUGACCCAGACACUUCCUCCCAACAUUACCGCCAACGUGACCCAAAUGGGCCCCUUCAACACCACUGCGAACUUGACCCAGACGCUUCCUCCCAACAUGACCGCCAACGUGACCCAAAUGGGCCCCUUCAACACCACGGCGAACUUGACCCAGACGCGUCCUCCCAACAUGACCGCCAACGUGACCCAAAUGGGCCCCUUCAACACGACUGCAAACUUGACCCAGACGCUUCCUCCCUACAUGACCGCCAAUGUGACCCAAAUGGGCCCCUUCAACACCACGGCGAACUUGACCCAGACGUCCUCCCAACAUGACCGCCAACGUGACCCAAAUGGGCCCCUUCAACACGACUGCAAACUUGACCCAGACGCUUCCUCCCUACAUGACCGCCAACGUGACCCAAAUGGGCCCCUUCAACACCACUGCGAACUUGACCCAGACGCGUCCUCCCAACAUGACCGCCAACGUGACCCAAAUGGGCCCCUUCAACACCACGGCGAACUUGACCCAGACGCGUCCUCCCAACAUGACCGCCAACGUGACCCAAAUGGGCCCCUUCAACACGACUGCAAACUUGACCCAGACGCUUCCUCCCUACAUGACCGCCAACGUGACCCAAAUGGGCCCCUUCAACACCACUGCGAACUUGACCCAGACGCGUCCUCCCAACACGACUGCCAAUCUGAACCAAACACGCCCUCCCAACAUAACCACAAACUUGAUCCCGACACUGUCAGGCUCUAAUUCCUUGACCAACAGCAACACCAAUAAUCUACCACUGGAAAUCACUGGCAGGGAUACAUGCAGGAGAGAUAGAGCAUGUUUCUCCGCUCCACCUUCCUGUAAUCCAAGUGCACAAGAUUCCUGCUAUUUCCUCUCUGCAAGAGGAGUAAGUGGAAGUGCAAAUCAUUUUACUUUUGA